AGGAGCUAAGGAGCGAUGGAUUAUUAGGCAAAUUUAGUGAGACAAAAUGACAAAAGUGUGUCGCUAAUAAUACAAGGCAGAAUGGCAAAAGCAUUAAUUGCAGUUUCCACAUCCUCCUCCUCCUAUCCAUUUGCACUCUUCAGUUCAUCAUCGGAAGCCAUGGCAAUGUGCUCAACAUUUUGUCCUCGGCUAUCUACUCACCUAAAUUGCAAAUCCUUCUCCCUUUUCCCCGUUAAACCUCGCUUCUUUGUUUCAAUUAAGGCCUUCUCUUCUCAAACUUCUGCUUCUGCUCCCAAAGCUGAUGAUCUUCCAUCAAGCAUUGGCUUUCUAGGUCUUGGAAUUAUGGGCUCCCCAAUGGCACAAAAUCUCAUAAAAGCAGGGUGUGAUGUGACAGUUUGGAAUAGGACCAAGAGCAAAUGUGAACCCCUUAUCUCCUUGGGGGCAAAAUACAAAUCCUCCCCUGAGGAGGUUGCAGCAUCUUGUGAUGUCACAUUUGCCAUGCUUGCAGAUCCUGAGAGUGCAGCGGAUGUUGCUUGUGGAAAAUAUGGAGCUGCAAAAGGAAUGGGACCAGGAAAAGGUUAUGUAGAUGUCUCAACAGUUGAUGGUGAAACGUCUAAACUGAUCUGCGAACAUAUUAGAGCUACUGGAGCUCAUUUUUUGGAGGCUCCAGUAUCUGGGUCCAAGAAGCCAGCAGAAGAUGGACAGCUAAUAUUUCUCACUGCAGGUGAUGGCGUUCUGUAUGAAAAAGUUGCUCCACUAUUGGAUAUCAUGGGGAAGUCAAGAUUUUACCUUGGUGAAGUUGGUAAUGGAGCUGCAAUGAAACUUGUUGUCAAUAUGGUUAUGGGAAGUAUGAUGGCCUCAUUUGCUGAAGGAUUAGUUCUUAGCGAGAAAGUUGGACUCGAUCCAAGUGUAUUAGUGGAGGUGAUCUCACAGGGUGCUAUUAGUGCUCCAAUGUACGCCAUUAAAGGUCCUUCAAUGGUUAAAUCUUCGUAUCCAACAGCAUUUCCUCUGAAGCAUCAGCAAAAGGACCUUCGUCUAGCUCUGGGGUUGGCGGAAUCUGUUUCACAACCUACUCCAAUUGCUGCAGCAACUAAUGAACUCUACAAGGUUGCGAAAUCUCAUGGACUGAAUGACCAGGACUUCUCUGCAGUAAUUGAAGCAUUGAAAGUGAAAUUGAAACACUAAACAUAAAAGCAGUCUUUGCUGGUAAGCUUGUGUGCAUUAUGCUAUAUAUCCACCAUGAUAUGGUAAAUCUUUUAGGUACAAAACUAAUGUUUUCAUUGUGAACCCAUUUCAAAGGGUUUUAUAUGUAUACCUCCUUUCACAUUUUUUAAAAAUCUCUCUGGUAUUUGUUGAAGCAACGUGAAUGAUCUUUAAUUUGUAUUGGUAAGCAAAGCCUUACGAGGAGACAACGUAGUCAUUUUCUCUCGACUAAUUUGGGAUUUAAACAUAGUUAUUGUUGUUGUUAUUGUAGUUAUUAUAUUGUCAUCA